AUGGUGCUUACCAAGAAAGAAAACGAAACGGACGGGGCCGCCGCGAAAGCCAAAUACGAUCUGGAGCUCACAGACAAUGUAAUUGCCGCUACGGGUUCGAAGGCCCAUCCUCGUCUAAAGGAGAUCAUGCCAAGCCUGAUACGGCACCUACACGACUUUGCUCGGGACAUAGACUUGACAAUCGCGGAGUUGGCGGCUGGGAUUGAACUAAUAAACGAGGCAGGUCGCAUGUCUACCGACAAGCGUAAGGAGACAAGUAUACUAUCCGAUAUCCUCGGCCUAGAACCCCUCGUAGACAAUAUCACAUCUAAAUUGCCCCCCGACAGCAGCGAAUCUGGAGUAGUUACGCCUUCGACCGCCACCGGGCCUUACUACCGCAAAGACGCGCCGCUUCUGCCUAAUGGUAGCAGCAUCAUAAAAGCAGCGCCGGACUCAUUCUGGUACCUGCAAGUCGAGAAGUUGCUAACACACCUGUCGGGGCGAGUGUUGAGCGCGUCGACAGGAAAACCAGCGCCAGGUGCCAUCGUAGACCUCUGGCAAGCGGCCCCGAACGGGAAAUACGAGCUGCAGGAUCCAGAGCAGCCGGACAUGAAUCUACGAGGACGCUUCCAGACAGACGAGCUAGGCCGGUAUGCGCUAUACUGCGUGCGCCCGGGCUCAUACAAGGUUACACCAGACGGGCCCGCCAGUCGCUUGCUCGAGCUGCUCGACCGCCACCCGUACCGGCCUGCGCACAUACACUUCAUGAUAACGGCGCCGGGGUUCCGGACCUUGACCACGCAAGUGUUCGACCGUGAUGACAAGUACGUUAAAGAAGAUCCGGUCUUCGCCGCUAGGGAUGAAUUGCUGGCGAGUUUUGAGCCGUGCGAGGGAGACGGAAAGGCCCACUGGACGGUGAAGUAUGAUUUUGUACUGAGUGAGGCGUGA